UGCAUGUGCCUCAAUCUAAACACCUUGGAUUCCAUGGGAUUUCUCUCUUUCUUCUCUUUUCUUUCAUAGCUUUUUCAUUAUAAUUUCAAUUAUUUGUAGGGACCGAGACUGACAAAUUUUGCCCAAGUUGAUGUAAUUGUGCAGAGCACCAAAGUGUCAUCAUCGCAACUUUGUCUCCAUCCCACCAAUCAACAUUAUUUUCAUUUAAUUAUACUACUUGCUGGGUGUGGAUGGGAAUAUCUAUAAAAAUUCUUAGUCUCCGCCAGUUUGGAUCCACAACUGUGUCUCCUCUUGUUCCAAUCGUUUUCAUUUUAGUCCACCUCUUGCAAUAACCAAACACUUUUGCUUGAUUUCAGUUUGAACCGGCAAUGGCCGAAGCAAUUGCAUUCGACCUCGCUGUAGAGCUUAUUACUAAAUUGAGCUCCUUUACUCUCUCUCAAAUUGGACUGUGUUGGAAUGUCAAAGAUGACCUUGACGACCUCAAAAGCACCGUCUCCACAAUCAAAGCUGUGCUUCUUGACGCAGAACAGCGAUCUGUGACCAGCCAUCUCGUCAAAGAUUGGCUUGAAAAGCUGAAAGAUGUACUUUAUGAUGCCGACGACCUGCUCGAUGAUUUCUCUACCGAAGCUUUGCGGAAAGAUCUAUUGGGUGGGAACAAGUUGACGAAAGAGCUUGAAGAAUUGCCGAAGAAGAUUGAAAAAUUGGUGAAUCUUACCCAUCUGUCGUGUAGUGAUUGUGUUAGUUUAACUCAUAUGCCACGUGGAAUAGGGAAGCUGACUUCCCUUGAGACGUUAAGCAUGUUUGCAGUGGAUAAAGAUGGCUCACAUGACGGUGCAGAUCUAAGUGAAUUGAGUGGGCUUAACAACUUAAGGGGACAGCUAGAAAUAACAAAUUUGGGAUUCGUAAAAAAUGCAAAAGAGAAGUUUAAAGCGGCUAAUUUGAAAGAGAAGCAACAUUUGAGAUUGUUGGUUUUAGUAUGGAAUGAUGAUGAUGAUGAUGAUAAUGAUGAUGAUGAUGAUGAUAAUGAUGAUGGUAAUGAUGAUGAUGAUGACGACGACAAGUCACUUGAAGACCUCCGGCCCCAUCCCAAUCUCAAGGAGCUCUUUAUUGGAGGAUGGAGGGGUGAUGCCAAGUUUCCAAGUUGGCUUUCUUUGCUCACAAAUCUUACCGUGAUUAGAAUAUGGGGUCCUAGUAAUUUCAAACAAAUCCCGUCCUUUGCGCAAUUGCCUUGUCUUCAAAAGCUGUCAAUUGUUGAUUUAACUGAGCUGGAGUACAUGGACGAUAAUAGCCCAAAAGGAAGUCAGGGAGAACCGGAAUCAUUCUUCCCAUCGCUCAAGUCUCUUUGCCUCGAGAAUUGCCCAAAUAUGAAGAGUUGGUGGAGGAAAAGGUCCAUUGAUGAUGAUAACGAGGAUGACACAACAGUUAUAGGAACAUCAACCAUGGCAUUUCCUUGUCUUUCCUCUUUAGAAAUUGUAAAUUGCCCUUUGACUUCAAUGCCAUUGUAUCCUUCACUCGAUAAUGAUCUAAGGUUGGUGAGGAGCAGUUCAAGGCCGUUAAAGCAGACCAUGAAGAUGAACAUCACUAGUACGACCCCAUCAACUUCAACAUCUUCUCUUCCUCUCUCCAAAUUGAAAUCUUUCCAUGUACACAAAAUUGAGGGAUUGGGCACUCACAUGCUAGAUGAGUACUUGAAACAUUUCACCGGCCUCAAAAAAUUGACAAUAGGAGAUUGCAAGGAGGUUGAUUUAGAGGGCAUGCAAUGGGAAGCCCUUAAGAAUCUCUCUCAUUUGGAGAUUAUUAAUAUUCCACAGCUGGUGUCUCUCCCCCUUGGGCUUCAACAUCUUGUUCAAUUGAAAAGAUUAGAAAUUUGGAAUUGCAGCGGAUUGAGGUCACUCUUUCCUGUGUUCCAACAUCUCACUUUCCUUGAAGUGCUUGUAGUAACGAAGUGCAAGGAGCUGGAUCUAUCAGCAGCUGGCUUCCAAAUAUUCCAAGACCAUACAAGACUACGCUCCCUAUCACUGGAAAAUAUUCCAAAGUGUGGACAUCUUCCAGAGUGGAUUCAACAUCUAACAAAUCUGCAAAUUCUUUCUCUUGUUGAUUGGCCCAAUCUAACGUCGCUUCCGGAUGAGAUGCGCUGCCUAACCAAUUUGCAACAGUUAAAUAUACAUGAGGUUCCUCAGUUGGAAGAAAGGUGUCAGAAGGACAUUGGUGCCGAUUGGUAUAAGAUUGCUCACAUUCCUUCAGUAACCCAUUGGUCUAGUGCUGGAUAUUUGUGAAAGGCAUUUGACAACUUUAAGAAAUUAGAUGCAGAAAAAGAGGUGCAUGAGUUGAAUGGAAGAGCCAAAAAACAGGACAUGCAUUCUUCUUCAGCUGACCUGUCCAUGAUGUUGGCUCUCUUCUUCGGCAGAGCAUAGCAUAUAUUACAAGCAGCAAAGCCCAUACUUUCAACUACGAUUUUUUCAUCUGCCAAAAUAUUCCAACUGAAGAAAAAUGGUAAUAUAUGGUUCCCAUGCUAUUGACAGAUUCUUGGAGUCGUGCUGGAGAGAGCUUAAACACGCAAUGUGGUUGUCAAGUAAGUAGAUUGAAUAGGGGGUAGGGGUUAAGGGUUGAUGAAAAUGGAGGGGGAAGUGGGGGAUAUUUCACAAUAUUCUUUGAUGCAGGGCACCCCUUUUAGCCGUUUGAAUUUUGAAGGUUAAAUCAUGGAAGGAUCUUGCUUCAGAAUAUUUGGUGGUGAGGAUGAGGUUGAUGCUCUAUGUUUGGGAAUGGGAAUUUGUUACUAUUACAAAUGAGGAUGCCCUAUGUUUGGCCCUUUGUUGAACUUGAACUGGAAAAGCAUGGAAAAUGGCCAUUCAUGCACAUAAAUGAAGUUCUGUUUAGCAACAGUUCAUUGUUGCUUUUGGAACAGUCUCGUUGUUGAAGCAUGAUAAUUGUCGGAGAUAUUGCAUUUGGAAAUUUAUUGUUCCACUUUACACGGAGCUUAUGAAGAGUUUGACCAAUCCUGGAGCUUAUAUAUAGAUGAUUUAUUUCAUGGAUGAUGUGUGAAUUUAAAGAAGCACACAUGUUCAUAAUAGGAACUAUUAUUGAGUGCCAUUGUUAUACACUAUCUGGAUGUUGAUUUUCACUUGCAUAGCUAAAAUGAGUUGGAAGAAAAGUUAAUUAUAUAAAGGUGAGGUUGCAUCAAGUGUUUGAGGGGUAAAGCUUAAAUCACUUCUUUGUACUAUAAAGUUUAUAGUGUAUUCAUCUCUGAGCAAAGCCUUGCUUCUGAACUGCAUAAA